AUGGACACCUCGGGGAUCUCGAAGCCUGUGGCGGCUGAGGUGGCGGCUGAGCGCCGCCACUGCAAGCUGUGUCACCGGAUGCUCCCUGCGACUGCCGCUGGCCGAGUCACAGGCAAGACUUGGCAGUGUCGCACUUGCUUGUCCUUGCACAGCAUGCUCUACAGGAACUUGGGUCCUGGUGUUCUCGAGGAAUGGAAUGAGGAGCAGAAGCGGAGCUUCUUCCAGAAGGGCGUUGCGUCGUGUCCCGCCCAGGACAACACGUCGUGGGAGACUGUGCGCACGUGCGUCGUGCAAGUGCAGACGAAAGCUCGCCUGGAAGAGUCCGGCUCGCAGGUUGUUUCAGAGGCGCUUCCCAUGGGUGUGUGGCUGCAACGAGGCUUUGAGAAGGAAGCGGUGGAGAACUUCGUGCGGAGCAAGGUGGAGAAGGAGCUGUUGCAGCGGGAGAAGGAUUUGCGCAAGAAGGAUAAGGGAAAGAAGCGUAAGCAAGCGGAUGGGGAGGAGGAGCAGGCAAACGCUGACGAAGAGGAGUGGGACGUGGCUCCUGCCCAGAAGCCUAUGGCUUUCCCGGGCGCGGCCAAGGCGAAAGCACGGAAGCCUGCGCGCGAGGAGAAGGAAGCCGACAGACAGAAGCGCCUGGACAAGGAGAACAAGAAGACCGACAAGGACAACAAGAUGAAUGACUCUGUCAAGGCAUUGGCAGCUUUGACGCCCUUGGCUAAAUCUUUGGGGGCCAUAAAGGCUCAGGCUCAGAAGAUUUCUUUGCCACUGGCAACCUUGGAGGCAGCCUUGAUCGAGACAGAGGAGAAGAAGACGCAGGCCAACGCUCUGGUCACGUCUGGGAACCAUGUGGCGGCACACGCGCCUUUGCCUCCUUUGCCGUUUUCUAUGGAGGACCUCAAGAACCAUGUGAAGGCCACGAAGAGCUUGCUGGCCCAAACCAGGAAAGACGUGAGGGCCGCCAAAGACGCGAAGGCUGCUGCUGAGGAGGGCAGUUGA